GACAUGGAACUGGGAAAUCGCACGGUUCUGACUGAAUUCAUCUUGUUGGGCAUCUCAGCAGAGCCCCGCUGGCAGCUAAUCAUAUUUCCAACAUUUCUCAUGCUCUAUUUGGCAACCCUAAUGGGGAACUUGACCCUGGUUGUCCUGAUCCGGAUCGACUCCAGGCUGCACACACCUAUGUACUUCUUCAUUGGUGGGCUGUCUUUUUUGGACUUCUGGUAUACCUCCGUGUACACCCCCAAAAUCCUAGCCAUUUGUGUUUCACAAGAUAAACGGAUUUCCUUGGCAGGAUGUGGGGCUCAGUUUUUCUUCUCCUGUGUUGCUGCUUAUACUGAGUGCUACCUGUUAGCAGCCAUGGCCUAUGACCGCUAUGUGGCAGUUUGUAGCCCACUGCUGUAUUCAGGUAUCAUGUCCACCUCUCUCUGCACUGGGCUUGUCGCUGGCUGCUACACAGGAGGGUUUCUGAAUGCCAUAGCCCACACUGCCAACACUUUCCGGCUGAGUUUCUGUGGUAAAAACAUCAUUGACCAUUUUGUAUGUGAUGUGGGGCCAUUGAUCAAAAUGUCCUGUAUGGAUACCCGCGUCUAUGUGAAAAUCCUUUCCAGUCUGGUGGGCUUCACUGUCCUCUCCUGUCUUCUCGUCAUCCUCGUUUCCUAUUUCAACAUCCUCCUCUCUAUCCUGAGGAUCCGCUCAGCCUCAGGCAGGCGCAAGACUUUCUCCACCUGUGCUUCCCACCUGGUCUCUGUUGUCCUAUUCUAUGGCUCCCUGCUCUUUGUGUACUCCAGGCCGAGUUCCAGCUACUCCCUGGAGAGGGACAAAGUUGCCGCUCUGUUCUACACCAUCAUCAAUCCCCUGCUCAACCCUCUCAUCUACAGUUUGAGAAACAAAGAUGUCAAAGAAGCCUUCAGGAAAGUGGUGCAGACCAUACGACCGCAAGCAUGA